UCCUCCCUUUCCAGCGUUGUCCGUCAUGGCUUCCAAAGUCAUUCCCUGGUAUAAGCGGAAGAGCCACAGCCAAGUGAAAAGCGAUCUGGCUUAUCAGUACAGCAGCAAGCGCGUCGUCUCGCUGCAGACGGCGCAAAGCAGAAAGUCGCGUUCCCAGUCGGCGAGGCAGAUGCAGGCUGCGGCCACAGAGGCGAUGGCGGAAGCAGCGUACACCAUCCCGGUGUUCCGGCAGAGGACUAGCGAAGAGAUGGGAGAGACCGAGGAGUACCAGCGAGUGAGUCGAAAAGUGGAAAAGGGCUUGGCUGCCAUCCAGGAGGAACUCCAAAGGAUGAGGAUCGCCACCAAGGCUCAAGUGGAUAGCCUGGCCAUCGACAGAGAGGUGAAGGAGAAGAUGUACCGGAAAGUGGAUUUGCCGCGGGAAAUCCCGCGCAUGCCCGAUUUCAUCGUGGCCCUGCGGCCUCACACCGUGUGGGAGAAGAUGUCCGUCAAACUCUUCUGCACCGUGCUGGGGACCCCCAUGCCCGUCGUCAGAUGGUACAAAGGAGGCGUCCCGGUGGACCCUCUGAGCGCUCCGGGGAAGUACAAGAUUGACAGCAAGUACGGAGUCCACAGUUUGAUCAUUAGCAGGUGCGUUCUGAGCGACACCGCCGAUUACAGCGCCGUGGCCACCAACCCCCACGGCACGGCCACCAGCGCGGCCGCGGUCGCCGUCAGGAGCGCAAGCGGAGGCGCAUGGUCCAGCCAGAUCGGUCUGGCCCCCCGUCUGAGCGGGGCCCACUCGAGUAAGCUGGAGGUAAGCCUGGUGCAGUGCUUCCCGGUCACCUUCGGCGUGGAGGGCGAGUCGGCCAGCCUGCUGUGCACCCUGGUGGUGGUCCCCGACCUCCCCAACCUGCCACCCUGCAUCGAGUGGUACCGAGACGAUAAACUUUUGCAGCCCGGCCCCCUGGUGGACAUGUCGGUGGCCGGCAGCGUGGCCCGCCUGGCGCUGCCCCGCCUGGCCAAGGACGACGAGGGCCUCUACACCAUCCGCGUCUACACCAAAGACGGCACCUCCGAGCACUGCGCCUACCUCUUCGUCUCAGACGCCGCCCCGCCGGUGGCCGGGGCGCCCGGAGCCCCCGUCAGCGUCAAGGCUUACGACAUCAACUCGGACUACAUCCUGGUUGCCUGGAAACCGCCCAACACCGUUAACGAGGCGGCCAUCACCGGCUACUUUGUGGACAGGUGCGAGGCGGGGAGCGACUCGUGGAUGCAGUGCAACGACACCCCGGUGAAGGUGUGCAAGUACCCGGUCGCCGACCUGAAGGCGGGCCACUCGUACCGCUUCCGCGUGCGAGCCGUGAACGGCGCCGGCGUCAGCAGGGCCUCGCGACCCUCCGACGCAGUCGCGGCCCUCGAUGCCGCCGAGAGCGCCAGGAUGGAAGUGAUUGAGAGCCAGGGGAAGUACCGCGUUGUCACCAGGAAUCGUGAGUCGGAAGGCCAGGCGACGGUUCCCGGCCCGCCCGGCGACGUGCACGCGUCCGAGAUUUACCAAACACACGUGGUGCUCAGCUGGACGCCGCCCAGCCGGCGCGGACCGGCGCCGCUCUGCUACGCCGUGGAGAAGUGUUCAGCUGCCGUCGCCGUCGGUGGCCCCGGUGGCCCCCGUGAGGCGUGGCAUCGCGUCAACGCCGGCGUGGAGCUUCGCUCGCCCCGUUUGGCCCUCUUCCAUUUGCCCGACGAGGGCGCUCACCUCUUCCGGGUGUUUGCGUACAACGCAUACGGCGUCGGGCGGGCCUCGGAGCCCUCGGAGCCGGUGAGGAAGGCCGACCGGGACGGCGUGGCGUCCGCCCCCGGGCAACCGGUCGCAACCCGGAACACCAAGUCGUCCGUCUUCGUCCAGUGGGAGCCGCCCACGCACGGACAGCAAGGCCUGAUGGGCUACUACAUCGACGCCCGUGCGGUGGGCAGCAAGGACUGGUUCGCCUGCAACCACAAACCGUUCAAACUCAACAGGUUUGUGGUGCAUGGCCUUACGCCGGGGGAGACCUACGUGUUUCGGGUCCAAGCCGUCAACGUUUUCGGCCUGAGCGAAGAGUCCCAGGAGUCGGGACCCAUCGUGGUGGAGCCGGCCCUGGCCCCCCCCAGCGCCCCCUACGGCAUCAGCCUGCUGAACUGCGACGGCUCCUCCAUGACGGUGUCCUGGAGCAGCCCCAAGAGCUGCGGCGGCUCCAAGAUCAGUGCCUACUACGUGGACAGACGAGACGUCGACACCCUGGUCUGGAAAGAGGUCAACGUGGGCGCCAUCGUGGACCCAGUGUGCACGGUGGAUAAUCUGACUGAAGGGACCUUCUAUGAGUUCAAAGUUCAAGCGGCCAACAUGGCAGGCGUGGGCGUGCCCUCGGCCCCCAGUCUGCCGAUGAAGUGUGAGGCGUGGACCACGGAGCAGCCAGGUCCAGCUUAUGACCUGACCUUCAGCGAGGUCCGUAGUCAUUCCCUGGUCCUGGUUUGGAAAGCUCCGGUCUACACGGGGUCAAGCGCUGUCUCCGGGUACUUUGUGGACAUGGCCAAGAAGGGCUCUUGCGAUUUUGUCGCCCUGAACGAGAACGCCAUCACUCAGCGCUACAUGCAGGUGAGCGGUCUGGAGGAGGGCGAGUGGUACGUGUUCCGGGUUCGUGCCGUCAACACUCACGGCAUCGGUAGACCCUCCCUGGUGACCGAGGCUGUCUGCGCCAGACCUCCUCCAGGCACGAAGGAGAUCGUGGCCGGUGUGGAUGAGGAAACGGGUGACGUCUUCCUGUCCCUGGAGGCCAGCGACGUCAGCCCCGCCUCUGCCUUCGUGUGGUCCAAGAACUACAAGCCCAUCGGCGAAUGCCCUCGCGUCUCCGUCACCACCAAAGGACGCACUUCCAGACUGAGUUUCCUGAACCCCGACAAAGACGAUCUGGGCCGCUACUCCGUGCUGGUCACCGACACCGACGGCGUUUCUGCCAGCCACACGCUCACCGAGGACGCGCUCAACUCCAUGCUGGAGCUCAGCAAAAACAUCAGGAACCCCGUCGUCCCACUCAAGCACGGCCUGAACUACGAGGUCCUGGAGAAAGGCCACGUGCGCUUCUGGGUGCAGGCCGUCAAGCUGACGCCCGCCGUGACGUACAGGUUCGUCGUCAACGACGAGGAGGUGACCAGCGGCGAGGGCCGCAAGAUAAGCCACGACGUGUCCACGGGCGUCAUCCAGAUGAUGGUGGAGAAUUUCACCCGGGAGAGCGAGGGCACCUACACGGUGCAAAUCCACGACGGCAAGGCCAAAACGCAGAGCUCCCUGGUCCUGGUCGGAGAUGUGUUCCUGGCUGCUCUGAAGGAAGCCGAGUUGCAGAGGAGAGACUUUGUCAGGAAGCAAGGCGCCCAUUUCUCCGAGUACCUGUCUUUCGCCGUGACCGAGGACUGCGGCGUGAUGCUGGCUUGCAAGGUGGCCAACGUGAAAAAGGAGACCGCCUUCCACUGGUACAAAGACGACGAGGCGAUGGUUCCGGAAACUCCGCCCAACGUCAUGUCGGGAGCCUGCACCCUUCCCAUCCCGCAGUUCUCCAGGAAGGAUCAGGGCGUGUACAAGGCCGUGAUCGGAGACGAGCGCGGGAAGGACACGUCCACCUACGACAUUUCGGGGCAAGUCUUUGAUGACAUCAUCAACGCCCUCGCCAGGAUCGCCGGCGAAUCGGCCUCCGAGAUGGUGCUCCAGUGUACUCCGGAGGGCAUCCGUCUGCAGUGCUACAUGAACUACUACACGGAGGAGAUGAAGACUACGUGGAAACACAAGGAGAGCAAGAUCGCCUCCUCGGAGAAGAUGAGGAUCGGCGGCACGGCCGAGAUGGCCUGGAUGCAGAUCUGCGACCCGUCCGACAAGGAGAAGGGUCUGUACACCAUCGAGAUCUCAGACGGUGUCAAGACCCACGCCAGGACCUUUGACCUUUCCGGACAAGCUUACACCGACGCCUACGAGGAGUACCUGAGACUAAAGGCCGCUGCCUUUGCGGAGAAAAACCGUGGCCGAGUGCUGGGCGGCCUGCCCGACGUGGUCACCAUCAUGGAGGAUAAGUCCCUGAGCCUGACUUGCACCGUGUGGGGCGACCCCACCCCUGAGGUCACCUGGUUCAAGAAUGAGCAGGAGGUGGUCUCCACCGAGCACACCAGGAUCACUUUUGAUAGCGGAAAGUUCUCCAGUCUGCUCAUCAACCGGGUCACGCCCGAAGACUCCGGCAAGUAUAGCAUCAACGUGCGCAACAAGUACGGCGGCGAGUUUGUGGAAAUCACCGUCAGCGUGUACCGCCACGGAGAGCAGAUCCCAGAGUCCAAGCUGGGCGGGGCCAAGAUGGCCACGCCCGCUGUCAUACCGCCCUCCAAGACGCCCACCCCCUCAUCGUCCAGCCAGUCCCCAGCCAUGUCCGUGAAGAGCCCCACACCCGCUGCCACCACCACCCCCAAAUCCCCAACCCCAGCCCCCAAAUCCCCAACCCCAGCCCCCAAAUCUCCCACCCCGGCCCUCAAGUCUCCCACCCCGGCUCCCAAGUCUCCCACCCCAGCUCCCAAGUCUCCCACUCCAGCCCCCAAAGCUCCGGGCUUUAAGUCUCCGACCCCAAUUGGAAAGUCCUCGACUCCUACCCCUAAGUCCCCCACCCCCACCCCGAGACCUAAGUCCCCGACCCCCGGUGUCAAGUCCCCCACUCCGUCCAGAUCCAUGAAGUCCCCAACCCCACCCGGGAAGUAGUUGGUGGACCACCCUGACCCUAAAAAUCCCCUUCCCCUAGCCUCAAAAACUCCCAACCCAAAAAUGUCCAGGUUUGAAAUCCAAAACUCCCUUGGGAAUGUCUCCGACUCCACCCUUCAAUGAUCUGACGCGUAGCUUGACUCGUACCAAAGUCCCCAGCCC